UGCAGCAAACGCCGGGCUCAGUUUUCUGCUUCAAGAUCACCCCUACGGCUGCCUGUCAGAUGAACCUGGGAGCUGCCCAGCCAGCCAGCUCCAGGUAAGACCAAAACCCUUUUUAUAUUGCUAUAGCAUCGCAGCAAGGUUCAAACGCCGCUUCUGGAUCACGAGUCAUUUGAAAAAGACCGGGCAGGGAAAGUUGCAUUCGGGGUGUCCGGCUCCACACCCGGGAAGGUUAGGAAGACACCGAAGGAGAGUUUGAAAAAAUCAGAGACGGAGAAAGGGUGUGAUGGCGGGUGCCCGUCCGGUGGGGGCUGGACCCAAGGGCGGGUGUGAAUUGGGGUCCAAAGAAACCCGUUGAAGAAUUUGUCCAAAAAAUGCAGUCAGUUUUGUUGCUGAAUGGGGAGCCUUGCCCCCGGAGAUGGUACCGGUUGUCAUUUUCCAAGUUUCUUUUAAAAAGGAUUCUACAUCUACUCCCAGAAGUCAGAGGACUGCUCUGGAUGGAGAAUGGAUCGAGUCCAGAAGACAAGCCGAGACGAAUUCCUGGCUCGACUGGGGUUUGGAGGGCAUUCCUCCGAGUUGGAAGACUCAGCCAGGCCUUUCGGCAACAGGGUCGGCCCGUCGGUCGGUCGGCCGGAGAAACCCGGUCGCGCUUCCCCGAAGCAAAGAAAAAUUUAUCCGCUGCUUUCAACCCGUUUUGUUCCUCUGCAGAGCCUGGCCGACCCCAAUCCCGCAGAUUUUCUGCAGCUCCGGGUCGACCCCAAUGAUGUGUACAACCCCCGGAGCCCCAGUGCGUCUACAGAGAGCGACAGCGGACUUUCCGACAGCCCCUGCCGAGCCCCCCUUCCUCCCGACCGAUCACCCCCCAUCGUCCUCGAGGUCCUCUGCGACACGGGAACAUGGGAGGACACGGUGCCCCAUCUUGUUCCCACCACCGCCCUCGAGAAUGGGAGCCCCCCCGGGACCGACCCGUCCACCUGCAUCCCCAGCCAAGCGUCGCUCGGUUUCUUAGAGGCGAUGACCGAGAUAAACCCCACCGGGGUUCCCACCGACCAGCUCCGGCACCCCGGCCUGCUCCUGACGGACGAGGAGAGGCGUCUGCUACGCCAGGAGGGCGUCUUGCUGCGCGAUGCCCUACACCUCUCCCAGGCGGAAGAGCGGAUCCUCAAGAAAAUACGGAGGAAAAUUCGCAACAAGCAGUCUGCCCAGGACAGCCGCCGGCGCAAGAAGGAAUAUCUGGAUGGGCUGGAGAGCCGGGUGGCUGCUUGUUCGGCCCAGAACCAGGAUCUGAAGAAGAAGGUCCAGCAAUUGGAGAACCAUAAAGAGUCACUUCUGGACCAGCUGCAGAAGCUGCAGGGCCUCCUGAAGCAGACGUCUGCCAAGGCGGUCCAGACGAGCACCUGCCUCGUGAUUCUCCUUGUCUCCUUCGGCCUUUUCAUCUGGCCCAGCUGCGCCUCGCUUUUUGGCGGGUCUCAGGUCGGCCGAGAGGACCACGCACCGUCUGGAGUCCUUUCCCGAAAUAUCUUGACCCAAAAGGGAGCUGCCGAGCCGGCGUCCCCAUCCGCCGCCCGUCAUCCCGAAGUGCCCCACGUUCGAACGGCAUUGCCCCCAGAGCUCCAUGCCACCAGCGUUGGCGAGGACGAGGCGGAGAAAAAUCUCCCCGUGGAGGAAGAGACAGCGCUGGAGGAAGCGUCGGAGCCCCAAAGGGACCUCCAGACACCACCGAAGGGGCGUUGGCGGGGGAAAGCCCCAAGGCCCGACCUCGAUGAGAUAUGAGGCAUCCUGGCAAACGUUAACAGUAGCUGAGUCCUGAAACAAACGGGAAAGGGUAUCUCAAGAGCAUGUGCAAAGGGCCUUUUCUUUCCAUGCCAUCGUCAAACACAUCUCGUUCCAAGCCAGAUUCUCAGAGUUUUCUUUAACGAGAUUUAUUGAGAAGAAAAAGCAGGCGUCAGCAGAAUUCCAGCAAUUGCACCAAGGCCCAUUUUGGACCCAAAAUGUCUCUGUGAACGUUAGGAUGGAGGUUUUUCUAAUUCUCUAUCAUUUUUCUUAUGAACCGGCAGAGAGGCCGGCUUCUUCACUGAUCAGCUUGCUGUUUCUGUUGUGGUCCCCAGGACCUUCAUCCAUCUAGGACCCAUCUCUGACCCUGGGCGUGGGUUCAAGGGGUGCAGCUCAGAGGAUAAAAAAUGCAGAACCAUAACACCCAGCAACUUCAGGAUGAGGGAUGCUGGGAACUGUAGUCCAGGAACUUGGGGAGGGUGGCAGAUUCAAAGUCUUCCCCAAAAGUUGGAGGCUAAAAUGAUUGAUGUGUUUCUGGUCAUGCAAUCAGAAGGGGAGAAGAAAGGAAGGAAGUGGGGUUCUUCCUGUUCUUGUUCUGGUCGCCCAGCAGAGCCCUGGGACAAUAAAGAGUGCCUCUGAGCAUA